UGUAGAUAUAACUCGACCCUUGUAUCUUUGAUCUCCAAAAUAUAUUGAGCUCAUCUCAUAUUGCCUCUGUUAUCUUGAACCGACCCAGACACCACCAUCCGCCAUGAACUUGAAAUCCAUCGCUGCGGUGCUACACACCGUCUCGGUCGCGAGCGCGGUGCAGCAUCAAUACACCUCCUUACGAACGGCAUCAAAGGAAGGUCACAGAAUCCCGGCCUUGAAGUCGGGACAAAGUGUUCUUGGAUUUGGGGUUGAUGAGAGCCGUUGCUACACCUGCUCAUCGCCUUGCUCGCAUGCGGUUUGUUGUCAUGGACGGUUUCCUCAGUGCUGUUCGGAUGGUGUUUAUUGCUACUGUUGUGAAGACUGAUUUCACUGCGUUGCGGAUAGUAUAAUAUCAC